ACGGUCGUCCGCCAGCUGAAAGACUGGUCGUUUACCCAAAUCGGAGGUGGCGAAGGUACCAAAGACAGUGAAUGGCUGCAAGCAAGUCAAUUUCCGACUACCGUUCACGUUGAGCUCUUGAAACACAAGAAGAUACCUGAUCCAUUCAUAGGCCUGCAAGAGUGGGAUGUACAAUGGGUCGGCGAGAGCUCAUGGUCCUUCAAGACGGUCUUUGAGGUGACUGAAGAUGAGCUUAGAGCGCCUAACGUCGACCUUGUUUUUGAUGGUCUCGACACUUUUGUCAGCGUGUCUUUGAACAUUGAACAUAUCGGAUUUACGGAGAAUCAGUUCACCGCGUACAGAGCGUCUGCGAAGUCUCUUCUGAAAGUAGGCAUUAAUGCCCUGGUCCUUGACUUCGAGAGCGCCUUCUGCAAGGGAAGGGAAAUUGAGAAGCAACACGAAAAGCUCAAUCUAUGGAACGGUGAUUCGAGUCGUCUUCAUGUUCGCAAAGCCCAAUACAAUUAUGGUUGGGACUGGGGUCCAACUCUCAUGACUGUCGGACCAUGGAAACCCGUUUAUCUCCAGACGUACCAAAGUCGAAUAACCGACCUCGACGUCAGGACUCGUGUUUCAGAAUCCUUAAGCGUCGACCUUUCCGCUAGCUUUACCUUGUCAGAGAAGACACCGGGUUUCGCAUCGUUUGUCCUUAAGGCAUCAGAUGGUUCCAUUCCAGUAUCCGUCGACAAGAUACCCACCGACACCGGCCAUGGUACGGUAUCGUUUCAGUUUGAGCCAGGCAAGCUGGAACUGUGGUACCCCGUGAAAUACGGAAGACAGGCAAUGUACACCGCCCAGGUCGAAAUCACCGAUUUGAGUGGACAUGUCCUUGACCGGAUGAUACAGAGGAUAGCCUGUCGGCGCGUUAGGGUGGUACAAGAUCCGCUCGCUGAUGAAGAAGGCAGAACAUUCUUGUUCGAAAUUAAUAACAUCCGUAUUUUCUGUGGAGGGUCCAACUGGAUUCCGGCAGAUUCUUUCUUGACAACCAUGACACCUGAGAGGUACAUGGCAUGGCUGCGUCUUCUAGUCGACGGGAAUCAGAACAUGAUUCGUGUUUGGGGAGGAGGCAUAUACGAGCAUGACUCGUUCUAUGACACCUGUGACGUCCUUGUCUGGCAAGACUUCAUGUUUGGUUGUGGCCAGUACCCUGCGUACGACUCCUUCCUCGAUUCUGUGAAGGAGGAAGCCGUACAGAAUGUAAAGAGGCUGCGACACCAUCCUUCCAUCGUUAUUUUCGCUGGAAAUAACGAAGAUUAUCAGAUUGCAGAAUCCUUCAAUUUGGAGCUGGAUUACUCGGACGAGAAAUCUGACUUCCGAAAGACCAACUUUCCUGCACGCUAUACCUAUGAACGUGUAUUGCCUUCCAUUGUGCAACAGUUCUCUGACGUAUACUAUCAUCGAUCAUCGCCGUAUAGUGGGUUCGGUAAGGAUACCAGAGACCAGAAGUAUGGGGAUCUCCAUCAGUGGAACGUUUGGCACGGAUCACAAGAGCCUUGGCACAACUGGGAUAUCCUUGCCGGUCGCUUCGUAUCAGAAUUCGGCAUGGAAGGUUACCCCGACCUUCGUACAGUUGACUAUUGGCUUGGUGGUGACAAAUCGCAACGAUACCCACAAUCCAGAGUCAAUAGCAAUCAUAACAAGGCGGCGGGAUCCGAAAGGCGGCUGGAGCUGUACCUGGUUGAAAACUUUAAACAUUCGUUUGAAAUGGAAAGCUAUGUAUACUACACCCAAGUGAUGCAGUCCGAAACGCUCGCAUCUGCAUAUCGACUUUGGAGACGAAAUUGGCGUGGUAUGGGAAGGGAAUACACCGCGGGCGCUCUCGUAUGGCAGCUAAAUGACUGUUGGCCAACAACUUCGUGGUCAAUUGCGGAUUACUUCCUCAGGCCUAAGCCGGCAUACUUCGCGAUUUCUCGAGAACUGCGGCCUUACACCGUUGGAAUGACCCGCAAGGAAAAGGAAACCUACCCAGAUUAUCGGUCAGCUGCCAAGUUCACAAUCGAUACUAUCCUGGAGAUCUGGGGUACAAACAGUACGCUCUUUGAAAAGAAGGCUACCCUCGAUGUGACUUCAUUUGAUUUACAUUCUGAGUGGACCAACCGUUGGUCCAAGCAGGUGGUAUUAGCGCCGAAUUCGAGUACCGAACUAUUCCAAGGAGAAGUGCCGGGUAUAGAGACUAGGAAAAAGUGGAGUGAGGUGCCCAGGGUCAUCAUCGUAUCGGCUCGCCUAUUGGACGAGAGAGGAGAAGUCUUAGGAAGAUACUCGAACUGGCCGGAGCCGUUCAAGUUUAUUGAUUUCCCGGCUCUCGAGGAUGUUGGCUUGAAAGCCGAGGUUGCCCAGGACGGCGAAUCGGUCACACUAUCGACGAAGAAGCCCGUGAAGGGAUUAGUACUCAAUGUCGAUGGUGAGGAUGUGAAAUUCAGUGACCAGGCCAUCGAUCUUGUUCCUGGAGAUCCACAAGUGGUGCGAGCAGUGGGGCUGAAAGGUCGCGCGGUGAAGAUGAGGUUCCUAGGAGACGGUUCGGCGUGAAUGAACGUGAAUUUGUAUGAUCUGUAGCAGUAGGAGUUUUAAAGAAAUUGAAAAGGAUGCUAUGG